CCAAAUUCGGCACAAUCUAAGUAGAAAAUUAACAUUUUAUUAGUUUAUUAAAAAUAACAGUUAUUUUACAGCUAUUUGUACAUUUUAACAGCGAAGAGUUAGAAAAGAGUGAGUGAGAAAAGUAGAGUAGUUGAGAAGCGCUUAACAAGAAAGUAUUGCUUUUAAAGUGGGAGACGUUAGAAGAAAGCACGAUGUAGCGUUAAAGUUUGUGAGGUGAAUAGUGAUAAAUGUUCGGGUUGUUUUGUUUUUAUGGUGAGAAAAGGUGGCAUUUACUUUUGUGUUAGAAACAAAAGUUAGAAAAUACAAAAUUUCAUAAUAAUAUUAUUAAAAAAGUAGAAAACUUUUGUUUUAAGCUGUGAUAUAGAAAAAUAAGAGCAUACAAACAAACACAACUCUGACUAGUUUAACGAAGUGUAAAAGUGAAGUCAAUAAAAUUGUUAACACGUUCAAAAUGUAUCAAAAAGUACUGAAAUUGAACCAGUGCAAAGCGUAAAACAACUUUUAGUAAAAAUGUGAGCCUGAGAUGAUAUUUUACUGAGCGAUUAAAAUGCGCUUGACAUUCGUAAUAAAACACGUGAAAUACAAUACGAAAACAAAAUAAGUACAUCAGCAUUUUGGCAAAAUUUGGCCAAAAAUGACUCCAGGAAAUAAACCUAACUCAGACAGUGAUUUAGAGAGUGUAAUUUCCUUUCAAGAUGCGCCAAAGCCACGUCGUAAUAGCAAUGGUCCCAAAUAUAUAUGCAGCAUUGAGGGAUGCGGAAAAAGUUUCAAGCGUCUGGACCAUCUCGAUCGGCAUGAGUAUCACCAUACAGGAAUUAAAAAGCAUUAUUGCAUAUAUGACGGCUGCGAUAAAGUAUAUUCCAUUUUGACGCAUUUGAAGCGUCAUUUGCGUACUACACAUGAACGAGUGGGACCACCAGUGAAGAAUGUACCUUGUCAGAUACCCGGAUGCUUAAAAAUGUUCCUAUCGGAGACUAACAUGUAUCGACAUAUUCGAGAGGUUCAUGAAAAUCCUAAAAUCUAUCCUUGCUCGUUUUGCUCCGAAAAGUUCACACAGAAAUUAAAAUUACGCAGGCAUGAAAUCCAAACGCACACUGGGGAUUACCCCUAUACCUGUGAAAAAUGUUCAAGGGGGUUUUAUCAACAAUGGGAGCAUGACCGACAUGUUCCAAGCUGUAAAGUAUAUAUUUGUGCCAAUUGUAACUUGAAGUUUGAUAAAUGGACCAAAUAUCUUAAACAUUGUAAAGAGAAGCAGCAUGGACGAAAGUAUUAUCAGUGCGAACAAUGUGAGCGCGUGUAUGGAAAACCCAGUGAACUUCAAAAACACAUAGCAGCUAAGCAUAUGGAUGAAGAGAAGAAAAUGAAUUUUAAAUGCCCCAGUUGUGGACGUAGUUACGCAUAUGAACGGAAUCUAAAACAACAUAUACGCAUCGCACAUGGUGGGAAACGUUUUGAAUGUGAAGUGCCUGGUUGUGAACGUGUUUUUAGCAGUGGACAAAAUUUAGCUAAACAUUUAGAGCGCGAUCACUCUGCGUCUGUAGAAAAUAAAAGCGUUGUUCCAAAAGAAAAUAAAAAGCGUAAUAUCAAAGGGACACGAAAGAAGCGUAAAGAUGCUGGUCACUCUAUUAUGUCCAAUUUAUCAAAGUUCAGCGGUAUAGCGGUCGAUAAAAAUUUUGACAAAUUGCUUAGGGAACGUGAAGAUCUUGCUUUAGAUAUAGCAGGGGAUCUAUUGACAAAGGAGCAAAGUGAAAGCGAGGAAAGUGAAGAUAAUGUGCCGCUUUCUCAAUUAACGCAAGUGAAUAAAGACAAGGGAUUGGAAAACUUAAUGACCGCUGUUUUGGCUGAUGUUUGAUAAUAGUAAAAUUGUAUUUAUUUAUUUUUAUUAAAUAAAACAUAUUUUUAGACAACUGCA